AUCAACAACAAUACUUAGCAAUACAGAAAGCCUUUAAUUAAUUGGUAUAUGAUGCUUGCCAAACUAUGGCUCACUCUUCUUUUGCUUGGGGUCACCGGUACUCUCUCAUCUGCAGCAUGUACUGACUCGGCUCGUUCGGCAAAAAUCUCCCAUCCACAAAUAUGGCAACGUAAUUUGAAUGAAUUACCUCCUUUGGAGGAAAAGAGGGUUCGAAAGGAUCAACCUCCACUUAAUCCAGGUGACAAACCACCUUUGAAUCCAGGUGAUAAGCCACCGUUGAAUCCAGGGGAUAAGCCACCACCAGAAGAUAAGCCGCCGUUGAAUCCAGGGGAUAAGCCACCACCAGAAGAUAAGCCGCCGUUGAAUCCAGGUGAUAAGCCACCACCAGAAGAUAAGCCACCUUUGAACCCAGGCGAUAAACCACCACUAGAAGAUAAGCCACGUCCUUUGAAUCCGGGUGAUAAGCCACCACCAGAAGAUAAACCUCCCUUGAAUCCAGGUGAUAAGCCACCGCCAGAAGAUAAACCACCAUUGAAUCCAGGUGAUAAGCCACCACCAGAAGAUAAGCCGCCUUUGAAUCCAGGUGAUAAGCCACCACCAGAAGAUAAGCCACUAGGAAAUGGACCAGCAGAAACUGCGAAAGACAACCUACCACGGAAGGUGAUGACGAAGUCUCUUUCUAUGAAGAACUACCCGCAACCCUAAUUUCCAUGUCCAUGAGAACUACCAUACUAAGUACGUACUUAGUUCUCACAAACUUUGCUAGCUAGCAAGCUUCAUAUUGUGCAUGGUCCUCUGUGAAAUAAUGGCUUAUAUAUGGUAAAGUUUUAAGCAUGUGUUCAUAAUAAGAGCUGCAAUAAGUACUAUUUCUAGUACGUAUAUGGUACGUAUAGAAGCUCUUUCUUUAUGUUUGGUUAAUAAGUUUAGCACAGUAUAGUGGUUUUUCUGCACUAGUUUUCAUCAUGUAGUUUGGUAUGUUGUCAUGUAAAAAAAGUUGAUAAUAUAUGAUAUAAUAUAUAUAUGUAUAUACAACAAUCUUCCAUUGCAA